UGCUCAUCCGCAUACAUCGUUGCUGCCGCUGCUGUUGCUACCAACCACGGUGACUUUCAUAGUGCCUUUGCGUGCCACCGACGAACGUCCGCACGUGGUUUUCAGGAAGAAAUCAACUGCCGACCGGCCGGAAACGGAAACGCGGAACAUUGUGUCCGAGUAGCAGCCAGAGAGCGGCUAGCGGCGCAUACCACGAGUGACCGAGUGCGUGAGCUGUGCGCGCGUGUGUUUUUGUUCUAAUUGGGUGUUCUCCCCGGAUAUCCCGCCAGACGUCGAGACGAACGAACUUUCAAGCCGCCAAAACGUCCUUCCACCCAUUCUCACACGAUGAAGUCCAUCAUUUUGUGUCUAGUGUUUGUGCUGGCGUACGCAGGAGGCCAACGAAUCACGACCAUCCAGCUGGACGGCGUGCAGUACUUUAUUAGCCGGAUGAACCCGUACUCGCCGGAAUUGAACUACUUCCUUGCGUAUCAGUACUGUCGUUCGCUCGGGUUGCAGCUAGCUUCGUUCGAGACUAAAGAAAAGGUGGAAUCGAUGACCGAAUACCUGCAGAACGCUGGUUACGGUAAGUACAAUUUCUGGACGUCCGGUAAUCGGCUCGGUACGGGCAUGUUCCUUUGGAUGAGCACCGGACUUCCGUUCAAUGCCACGUUCGACUAUUUCGAGAAGUCACCGGAAACCGUCGGCAUGGACCCUCUGGACCAUAACAGCAACACAUCGCCUCAGCGUACCGCUCGCGACAGCAGCAGCGGACUGCAGAAGGGCUGCGUGCACCUGAAGGCUCCGAGCCUACGGUGGGCCCCAGAGGAUUGCUCUGCCGUAAAGGAUUUCAUCUGUGAACAAACGCGAUGCUACUACUACAACUACGGUAGCAUUCCGGUUUCGUCCGCGCAGGGCCGCCCAAUUCAAACAUCGACCAGUACCGCACUAUACACCACGCUCGCCGUCACGACGACGACGGCUGCCCCCGUAACGACAGAGCCCGCAACGACUUCCGCAGAAGCGCGCCAGUUUGUGUCCUACUCUACAGUGUCAACAACUAACGGGGAACAUACUUCACCACUAGCCUCCUUGUUGAAUGGUGACAUUUUGGAGCAAGAUCGCACACCGAAACCCAUGCCGGCUCAGAAUGAUAACACCGCCGAAGAGGAACAGGACGAUGACCAGGAACUCGAUCACGAUCAGGAGGACGACGAUCAGCAGCAGCUGCACGGGGAUGAACUCGAAGAGGACGAUGAUGAGCUGAAUGUUGUCGGUCGCAGCAGUAGCAGCGUGUCUGCAGCAGCCGACGACGACGAGGAGGAAGAGCACGACCAGGAAGAGCACGAUCAUGAUGAAAGUGAGGACGAGGACGAGCAGGCCGCCGAGCUACACCACCAACAAGCGCUAGCAGCCGGUCAGGAUUCAGCAUCCGUCGCUGGUCUGCCCGACGACAUUCCGGUCGAGCAGAAACUGAAACAGAUCACGAAAGAGAUCGAACAGCUGUCUGGUGGUAGUGGAGAUCGCGAGCUGCGCGUCGACAGCCGCCAGAGCUUUCUUUCGUUAUCUGAUUUGAUCAAGAAUAUCCGUCCGGCUGAGAAAGUAGUACCACAGAUCGAUUCAUCCUACGCCAACACGAUGCGUGUCCUCGGGGAACCACUAAGCCAUGCACAGAAAAAAUAGAAAAAUCGUGCUUCGCGUGCGAUGUUUGGGCUUGGAUUUCCUCUGUUUCAGCUGAACUAUGUAUGCGAAACUAUGUGCUUUAGAGGUCGUAUCCGUCCAAUCGAUUUUAGCUUGACAAGUGUUUUAAUUGUAGUGCGUCCCUUUAAUCCCAUAUGACCUUCGACCGUUCAAUUCUGCUCCAUCAGCUUCAACCAUGACAUGCGAAUGAGAUGACAGGCGGUUCUCUCUGAGGAUGACAUCCCAUGACCUCCUUGCAUUGACCUUCACAAGGACGGUCAUGUAGGCUCGAUUCCGGGACGAUCCUUCUCGAGAGGACCUCUGCCAAUACUCAUCUAGCAUAAUUUCACUUUCGGUGAAUGAAGUGAACAACCACGGCUAAUCGUCAAAUUUAUCAAAGUCUAAUGAUUCUUUGGAGGCGAAAAGACCCGAAAAUUGGCUAUUCAGGACAGUUAGACCCUCUGGCAUUCAAAACAGUGAAAUGAGCAAAAUGGAGUUUUUGAUGGACUUUUCCACAUUGACUGACUAUUGGGUUUGCUACAAGUUUGAAAAGUUGAAAAUGAACUGUCCAGACAGCACUUGGCUAUUUGAUACGUCGCCAUACCUCGACUUGAUAUGGAAAGUUGCAAAUGACCCAAUGUCCAAUAACAAGCUAAAAUACACCACUACCCGCAUAAACCCCACCCGGAGCAAACGAGUGACGGAAUAGAGAUAAGAAUUUCAAUGUAACAGAAUACAGUAAGUGUAAGCGUACAAGAAUUCUUGUGAUUUAAACUGAAUACGAAGGAGAGAGAUCAUUGCAAGACAAGACAGGCGUGAUAAGAAAUUUGAGCGAGGUUCCCGAGAGCCGAUACUGAAACGUACUGAAAAAA